UUUUUUCUAACCCUAACCCUAACUACAAAACUGUUGGCAGAGGUUAGUUGCUGAAUUAGUGACAAAACUCAGAGGGCACAGAUUCGACAUCAGCAAAUGUAGUUUUGAUUCGUAGAAGAAGAUUCACCAGUCGCAAGUUUAGAAAAUGACUUGCAUUCUUUCUCAAAUUAAGUUGCAAGCUUGCAAAUCUUAUUGAAUUUAUUCACAUAUCAAGUUACAUGUCUGCAAGUGUUGCUGUAUUUAUUCACACAUCACGUUACGUGCUAGCGAGUGUUGUUAUAUUUAUUCUCAAAAAAAGUUACGUGGUUGCAAAUAUUUUGUGCAACUACAAAUCUGAUUAUACAGGUGCAACUCAUACCUUACGUACUUGUACACUUAUGUCUCUAUUUUACAUUCAUACAAUGCCUGCUAAACACAUCCCGUACUUGGAUGAUCAAUGACAUUGGCUCAUUGUUUAUGUAGCCUGCUGUAAUGUCUUAGGAUGAAUUUAAUUAAAACUUGCAAUAUUUGUCUAUGAUUUGUUUUGUUUCUAUAUUUGAAAAGCUACCGUUCCAAUUGGUUGGUAACAUUAUAACAAGUGGAUAACUAUUGAUCUUUUAUCUCUUCGCAUUGUGUGUGUGUUUUCCUGGUGUUAUGUAGCUAUGUUAUGCAAUUGUAUGGCUCUGCAGGGACAGUCAUGGACGGGUGUGUUGGGAGGGAUCGGCUGGACGGACAAGGACCUGCCAGGAAGUAUACUUGGAGCAAAAAACGAGGACGCAACGAGCCACUGAAGAAGGAGCAUCUUAAAUGGAAGAAUGAGUACCCUAUGACGGAGGGCCAGCUGAGGAGUAAGAGGGAUGAGUUUUGGGACACGGCCCCAGCUUUUGACGGCAGGAAGGAGAUUUGGGACGCGCUCCGAGCAGCAGCGGUGGCCGUAGAGCUUAACGACCUGGAAAUGGCUCAGGCCAUAGUGGACGGAGCCUGCAUCACACUACCACAUGGUACUCUGACAGAGAGUUAUGAUGAACUGGGGAACCGCUACCAGCUUCCUGCUUACACUCUAACCCCUCCCGCCAAUCUCAUCACUGAACGCACCAAUGACAGCGAAGCUCCCGAUCAAAAGGAGCAGAAAAAGCCUCCCACCUUUCCCAAAGAGGAGUUCCAGCUACGAGUUCGACUCUCAUGCGGUAAGGACCUCCGUAUAAGCGCCUCCAUGUCAGACUCCAUCUCCCAGCUGAAGACAGUCCUGGAGGGGCAGGAGGACAUCGAAGUGGCCCACCAACGCUGGUUCUUUGCAGGUAAACUGCUCACAGACAAGAUCCGACUCCAGGACACCAAGAUACAGAAAGACUUUGUGCUCCAGGUCGUCGUCAACAACUACUCACCAGUUACCAAACUCAUGCCAAACUGAGGAGAAAUGGAGAAAGACGAGGAUGGAUGGGAGAGUAGGAGGAAAGGAUUGAGACGAAAGGGGGACAGAGAGAGGGGUGGAAAAAGACUGGGAUGGAGUGCAGGCAGAAAAGGAUGGGAGAAUGUUGGUCAAGGCCUAAUUUCUCUCCUCUAGAAGUUCAAGCACACCAGGGUCAUGUUCAUUAGUGCACACCGUAGGAAAACGUAACAAAAAUUUUUGCAACGUUUCUCAUUGGUCAUGUUCAGAUGGUCCGAAAUGUGGAAAGACUUUUCUUCCAUUUCGUGCCUAGUGGACAGGACACUGGACUGUUGGUUGCUGCAAUGGAAUGUUGUAAUUAGUUUGUUUGCUUUUGUAUUUCUUAUCCUCUUUUUGUAUUUCCUAAUACUUUCCUAAUGAGCCCACAUUGUUACUGAGUAAAAAUACACAAAUUCUGCAUAGCCUGGCAAAGCACUGACAAAUUGUAGACUGAACUGGAAGAGAAUCAUGGCAUAUGGAGAAGAGAACUUACUCCUAUGCGUCUGUCUGUCUGUCUACAAAUCAUUCCUUGUGAGUUUGUCCUUGUGUUGUGGUACUUUGAACUGUGGAAAGUGUCUUGCCUGAUAAUACAAAUAUUCUAUUGGAUCUCUAUCUAUACUGAAAGCCAAUCUAUUUGUACCCUAUCUAUUGUCUAAUCUUUACCUAAUGGGAGAGAAGAAUAUUGACAGAUUUAUGAAAGAAAAUGUGUGUACUGUUUCAAUAUUUGUUGGAUUACAUUUACCUUUACAUUUAAGUCAUUUAGCAGACGCUCUUAUCCAGAGCAACUUACAAAUUGGUGCAUUCACCUUAUAAUAUCCAGUGGAACAACCACUUUACAAUAGUGCAUCUAAAUCUUUUAAGGGGGGGGGGUUAGAAGGAUUACUUUAUCCUAUCCCAGGAUCAUGUAAAUAUUUCUAUAUGUAUAUGUUUAACAAACCCCCCAAAAAAAUGUGCGUGACAAUGUUCAUGGAAAGUCAACGAUUUGAUGAAAAAGUGAAUAUACCGGUUUAUAAGGUGAAAAUAGCAGAUUUGAUUUCCAUCUACUGUAUUUUUUGAACCAAGUAUGGAGAAAAUGCUGAAAAGUGUAUGAAUAUU